CCUUCAAUCGUCAAAAUCACCCACCAAACCCCUAUCAGUGGUUUUCCGAUAACCUAAACGCUUUAAAAAACCACUUUCCAAAAGGGGUUUUCCGUUAUUAUUUUGAGAGAAAAAAGAGAGAAAAAGGGAGGCGUUAUAAUUUUUCCGGAGAUGGGGUUUUGAAAUUUUGUGAUUUUGUCAAAGGGAGGACGUAUAGUCUCAUAGUGUCAACUCUUUUUUGUCCUUUUUUUUUUCUUACCAUAACUGGGCCUUAGGGCACGUCACGCUAAAGACCAAAGUCUUCUCUUCCGUUUUGAAACUUGUAAUAAUCCUAUUAGCUACUCAGACAGACCCUCAGAGAAUCUAUUACAACAACCAAACCCUAAAACUGCCAAAGAAUCCAAAGCCAAACCAAGAGAGAGAAAAAAGAGAAGGAAGAUAUGAGUUUGACUUCUAGUUAGGUUUCUCUAUGCCUGAAAAUUUCUCUAACACCAUGAUGCUCUUCAAAGCAAGCAACAUCGCUGCCGCCGUGUUUAAGAGGAAAAAGAGACUGCUGAUUUUCUCCCACCAUCGCUUUUGAUACAUCAUUCAGGUACUCGAAAAAGACUGUGGCUUCGCCAUUCUAGGGUUUUGUUAAAGAUGUUUCAUUCGAACAUGUUUGAGAGUCACCACAUGUUUGAUAUGACUCAUAAGACAUCGGAAAGUGACCUGGAUAAGGUCAGGGACGAAGAUUAUGAGACGGAGACCAUGGACGCCCCUUCCGGAGAAGACCAAGAUCCCAAUCAACGCCCCAAGAAGAAGCGCUACCACCGCCAUACCCAACACCAAAUCCAGGAAAUGGAAGCGUUCUUCAAGGAGUGCCCUCACCCUGAUGAUAAGCAAAGAAAGGAGCUCAGUCGUGAGUUAGGAUUAGAGCCUUUGCAAGUGAAAUUUUGGUUCCAAAACAAGCGCACCCAAAUGAAGGCUCAACAUGAACGCCACGAGAAUGCAAUACUCAAGGCUGAGAAUGAAAAACUCCGGGCUGAAAACAAUAGGUACAAGGAAGCUCUCAGCAAUACUGCAUGCCCUAACUGUGGCGGCCCCGCUGCUCUUGGAGAAAUGUCCUUUGAUGAACAACACUUGAGGAUUGAGAAUGCCCGACUUAGAGAAGAGAUUGAUAGGAUAUCUGGAAUAGCAGCUAAAUAUGUAGGGAAGCCAUUGUCUUCCUUCUCAUCUCUUUCUUCUCAUUUACAUUCUCGUUCCCUCGAUCUUGGGGCGAGCAACUUUGGGGCACAGUCUGGAUUUGUAGGAGAAAUGUAUGGAGCUGGUGAGCUUCUCAGGUCAGUCUCUGCACCUACUGAGACAGACAAGCCAAUGAUUGUCGAGCUUGCAGUUGCAGCCAUGGAGGAGUUGAUCAGAAUGGCUCAAGCUGGAGAGCCCUUGUGGGUUACUGGAGAGAACUGCACUGAUGUGCUGAAUGAAGAAGAAUACCUGAGCACUUUCCCUAGGGGAAUUGGACCGAAACCUCUUGGAUUAAGAUCUGAAGCUUCAAGGGAAUCAGCUGUUGUGAUCAUGAAUCAUACUAAUCUCAUCGAGAUUCUCAUGGAUGUGAAUCAAUGGUCAAGUGUGUUUUGUGGAAUUGUUUCAAGAGCAAUAACUCUGGAAGUCCUCUCAACAGGAGUAGCAGGGAACUACAAUGGAGCUUUGCAAGUGAUGACAGCAGAGUUUCAGGUUCCAUCACCACUUGUACCAACCCGUGAAAAUUACUUUGCAAGGUAUUGUAAGCAGCAUACGGAUGGGACCUGGGCAGUGGUUGAUGUUUCUUUGGACAAUUUACGCCCAGCUCCCAUGUCUAAGUGUAGAAGAAGGCCUUCUGGCUGUUUAAUCCAAGAACUUCCAAAUGGCUACUCGAAGGUUAUAUGGGUUGAGCAUGUAGAAGUGGAUGACAGGGCAGUCCACAACAUAUACAGACCUCUGGUUAACUCUGGCCUUGCUUUUGGAGCAAAACGUUGGGUUGCUACUUUGGAUCGACAAUGUGAACGUCUUGCAAGUUCAAUGGCCAGUAACAUUCCUGCAGGAAAUCUCUGUGUGAUAACAAGCACAGAAGGGAGGAAGAGUAUGUUGAAGUUGGCCGAGAGGAUGGUAACAAGCUUUUGCACUGGUGUUGGUGCUUCUACAACGCAUGCCUGGACUACUUUGUCAUCAACAGGUUCUGAUGAUGUACGGGUUAUGACGAGAAAGAGUAUGGAUGACCCUGGCAGGCCACCUGGGAUUGUGCUGAGUGCUGCAACUUCAUUCUGGAUUCCAGUUCCACCAAAGAGGGUUUUUGAUUUCCUUCGGGAUGAGAACUCCCGAAGUGAGUGGGAUAUUCUUUCUAACGGUGGCCUAGUUCAAGAAAUGGCUCACAUAGCCAAUGGGCGUGAUCCAGGCAACUGUGUUUCUUUACUGCGCGUAAAUAGUGCAAAUUCAAGCCAAAGUAACAUGUUGAUACUACAAGAGAGCUGCACUGAUGCUACAGGGUCCUAUGUGAUAUAUGCUCCAGUUGAUAUUGUUGCCAUGAACGUGGUCUUGGGUGGUGGGGAUCCUGAUUAUGUUGCACUUCUACCAUCAGGUUUUGCUAUACUUCCUGAUGGUCCUGUUGGACUCGGAGGAGGAAUUCUUGAGAUUGGCUCCGGUGGCUCUCUUAUCACAGUUGCAUUUCAGAUCUUAGUCGAUUCUGUGCCAACAGCAAAACUCUCUCUUGGAUCAGUUGCCACUGUUAACAGUCUAAUAAAAUGCACGGUUGAAAGGAUCAAGGCAGCAGUUAUGUGUGACAGUGCUUGACUACAACAGCCUAAUCUAUCUGUGGAAGAACGAAAGAAGGGUAAGAGAAGAAAAGAAGAGCAUACAGGGAAGAAGUCAAGAACGCACCUUUCAUGAUCCUUGCUUGAUGGUGUUUGUUCCAAGAGAGAGGGGCCAAACUUCAACCUGCAAGGGUAAUAGGUUCGGGUAUUGACUUCAACAAUGAAAUUAAGAUGACAUUUAACCCACUUAUAUUUUAGAGAUCAACUUACCAUUGUGUUCCUUAGGUUAAGGCUUGCUAGAACUUAUGGUGAUCUAAUUCCUCUAUCGUUUCCCAUUUUCAUGUCUUUUAAUUUUGGCUGAGGCAUUAGCCGGACGCAUAUCCAUUAACAAACGUCGUUCCUACUUCAUAUUUUGGUAGCUGUUGAAUCGAAAGCUUUGUGUUUGU